AUGUCUCUCAACAACCUCUGGGAGACCUCCGCAGCUCCAUACUACCCCAUUGUCGCAAAGGACAACCAAUUCGCCGUUGGCUUUGCUUUGCUAUUCAUCGCUCUUCUUCUUACUGGUCUUUUUGGAUUGAAUCGAUCAUUCCUCAAUAUACCUCUCCUCGGCCUACCGGCGUCUCUUGCAUUUGGCUUCGGGGCCGUAUUCAUGAUUUGUGCCGUUGGUGUCUACGUUUAA